AGUAAAAAGUGAGCUCCUCGGACGCACGACAACACACCAACUGAAGUGGAAAGCGGCUCCUGUUCUGCUCCUUGUAUCGUUUUGGACGUUGCCUACAAAACGACCCGACUUCACACUACAGCAGGACCGAAGCGUAACCGAGAAGUCUUAGAAGACAGUCGUGCCUUUAGUUUUUGCUGUCAUUUUUCUUUUUCCCUCCACUUCUCUCUUUAUGUCAUCAAAGUACAAUCAAACUUUGUAGUAGUGAUAGGUGGAGAGUUUUUUUUUGUCAUCUCGAAGACUAAACCUAGCCAAACUAAUGACGGCAGAGGUCCAGCAGCCCCCAGCGCAGACUCCUGCCCAGAGCAGCCCGAUGUCUGCCCCGGAGAAGCCGCACGGACAGACGGUGGUGAUGGAAACCGCUUCCUCCACAACAAAAACGAAAAAGACCAACGCAGGGAUCCGACGACCAGAGAAACCCCCUUAUUCAUACAUAGCCUUAAUAGUUAUGGCUAUCCAGAGCUCUCCAACCAAGCGCCUAACGCUCAGUGAAAUAUAUCAAUUCCUGCAGAGCCGCUUCCCGUUCUUCAGGGGCUCAUAUCAAGGAUGGAAGAACUCCGUGCGUCACAACUUGUCCCUGAACGAGUGCUUCAUCAAGCUGCCCAAAGGCCUCGGUCGACCAGGGAAGGGUCACUACUGGACUAUCGACCCAGCUAGUGAGUUUAUGUUCGAGGAAGGCUCCUUCAGAAGGAGACCUCGGGGUUUUAGGCGCAAGUGCCAGGCGCUCAAACCUAUGUAUAGCAUGAUGAACGGCCUGGGAUUCAACCACAUCCCCGAGUCUUACAAUUUCCAAGGGAGCGGCGGGGGCCUUUCCUGUCCGCCCAACAGUUUGUCUCUGGACAGUGGGAUUGGGAUGAUGAAUGGACACUUGGCAGGUAACAUGGAUGGGAUGGGUCUGUCCGGGCACUCCAUGUCACACUUGUCGACCAACAGUGGACAUUCCUACAUGGGAAGUUGUACAGGAUCCACAGGGAGUGAUUAUCCCCACCAUGACAAUUCUGCCUCCCCUCUGCUUACCAGCGGGGGAGUCAUGGAGCCUCACCCCGUCUACUCGAGCUCAGCUUCGGCGUGGGCUCCGGCCCCCUCGGCCUCACUGAAUAACGGGGCUUCAUACAUUAAGCAGCAGCCACUGUCUCCUUGUAAUCCAGGGGCCAACCCGCUGCAGUCAAGUUUACCAACACAUUCAUUAGAGCAACCGUACCUGCACCAGAACGGACACAGCAGCGCAGAUUUACAAGGUAUUCCUCGGUAUCACUCCCAGUCCCCCAGCAUGUGCGACCGAAAAGAGUUCGUGUUCUCGUUCAACGCCAUGACGUCCUCGGCCAUGCACUCACCAAGCAGCAGCUCCUACUACCAUCACCAACAGGUCUCCUACCAGGACAUCAAACCCUGCGUGAUGUGAGCACUCACCACCCGCCAUGGACAAUGUGCAGACCACGGGACGGUGUUUCACAGACUUGAAUAUCAUGCAGCAGAAGGAACUGAGAUGGGAGCAAAUUACUGAGAGACAUGAGGGCACGUCCCACCCUCGGAGAGCGCUCCAUGCUUCCAGUAUACCGGACUAGUUCUCAGUACUGUUUCACACAGCGGAAAAAGACACGGAGAUAGGCCUAUUUACAAAGCAACCACCUGAAAAAUAAUAAUAAUAUAUAAUAAUAUAAAUUUUUCAUGUCAUCUUCGUCACCAGCGGGGUAAAGAGUGGGCGAAGGAAACCCUGCUGCCAUUUGGUACUUAGUCCUGCAGAGCAGAUGACUAUCAAUUCACACUAUUGUUCUUGUUUAUUCAUGUUGUUAAAAAAAAAAAAAAGAAAAAAAAGAUAAAAAAAGAUAAAAAAAAAGAAAAAAAUGCACUUCCAUUUUCUCCGUUUAAAUUGUUAUGCUUUCAAAUUAGACAGAAGUUCUUCUUUUUAAUAUUCUUCCAACGUUGAAUUCUGAAAUGAAUAAUUCUGGACAUUACCCAUAUACUGUACGUCCAUAUUCUGUAUACUGUGUAAAAAAAAAAAAAAAAAAAAAAAAAAAAAAAAAAAAGAUGGCACUUUUUUGAAUAGCCUAUAAGCGCAAGUUUUUAUUUAUUCUGUAGGCCUAUAUUUUAAUUUCAGGCGAAUUGGCUAAGGAGUUAUGUGCUUUAUUGGCAAUAUUUGUCAAAUGCCUAUUAUUUGUAAUUUUAUAAUGAAAUUUAGGGUAUAUUGUAAGCACUGUCGUUUGUGUCAGAUUAUGUAUAUUUUCAGCACUGUAUACUUACGAUAUUUGGGUAGGAAAAUUAGCGAAUGGUCUACCUGAGAUGGCUGACUUUUAUUUUUAUACGUUUUAUCGCAACAAACCAUUCGAAAUAAACAUUGAUUGGACCGGAAUUAUAUAAAAAGGGAAUUUUACUAUCAAACACUUUUGCAUUUUUUUCCUUUUCCAGGACUGUUGUUGCCCUAAAAAGAGAUAAUAUUAAGAACCAUUUAACUCCAAAUUAGCAAUAUUUAAAGAAUAGGAAAUUGUUGCUUAAACACAAUGUGAAUAAUCUUUCAACUUUCUCUGGAUUACUUGUAGGCUAAUUAGAUUGACAAAAAAUUGGGGUUAACCCCUUAAGAUCCUAAUUUGAAAGCACAGUAUGCAUAUAAGGUCCAACAUCAUUUAUGAGGUGCUAAAACAUAGAAAAAUGUUGGAAUGUAAAAGCGAUGUUUUACUUGCAGCAGCUGGUAAGCCCGUGUUGUACAACGCGACCUCACCGGAGUCUCUUGAUUCCACAGACGCAAUUAUUGAGCUGCGCUGAUGUUGUAUGAGCAACUCAGAUUUUCUGCAAAAUAAUGAUUUUUUCGUUUCAAAAUUAACUCUCAACAACCUUUUAAAACAAGGGUGUGCAGCAAGUUAGGAAGAGAAAAUCUGAGACAGAGUUAUUACAGGGUGAAAACCUCCAGAACUCAUUUGUUUUUGGUGAUGCAGCAAGUUGUCCUCAAAUGCAACAAGUACCAAAAUAUUUCUGCUAAAUAACCUUAAGAAAACAUAAUAGCUGGUGCUGAUAAAAUAACGCAUUUUUUGUGUAAUGAACUGCACCAGGGUGUCAGUGUGUAUAACGGUUAGAAAAUUUAUACAAAAUGGGAUUAAAAAGAAAAAAAUUAAAUAGAAAUAAGUUCAAUGUAUUUUGCCUACUGUGUGAAGGGAUACCUUGUAUUAAUCUCUAAAACACCUCACCUUGUACUAUAAAGUCACAAGAAUAAGAUGCAAUUAAAGUAAACAGAAAUAAUGAAUGUGUGAAGUCCUGAAUGUUUUUAUCAUUAGAUCAGACUAUUUGAUUACAAACCCUCACAAGAUUUAAUUAACUCUAAUUUGACCUGUGGUGAUUUAGUCACUCAGAUUAGAACUAGUGAGGAUUGGCAUGUCCAUUGCCUCUGUUUCAGAGAAGUUUGAUUCCAACACCCCACUGCUAUUUAUCAGUCACAUUAUCCUACACUGAUACACACCUCCUGUAGUUUAGAUAGAACAAUGGAAUUGUCAAAGAUGUCUUACUGAUCUUAUUUUACAAGACAUGAAGAUUGUUGAGUGUAGGCAUUCAUUAUAAGAAAAUGUAAUCUGCUUCUUUUUGACAGUUGCACUGCUUUGAAAUCAUGCAACAUGACCACUGAUUGAACCCCAGUAAAACGCUAUGGAGUACAGGGUGAGGAGGCUCAACAGCGGUGGAACAGCACAUUAACAAACUGAUGACAUUUGGUGGGGUUCAGUGCUCUGGCGGAGCUCAGGAUAAAGAUGGAGCUCCACAGCUGUUCCCAGGCCAGGCCUGGAUGACAGCUCCAUAAAAAGCCUGCGGCAUGCACUGUGCAGACAGACACGCUGUGGGCUUGUGUCUUCAUACUGCCAAGACUUCAAUGAAAGAAGAAGGACAAGAAAAAAACACAUUUAAGACAAUUCACUGUCAUAUGGGCAAUUAUUAAACUGGAAAUAUCUAUACAGAAACGCAUGCAGAAAAAAACAAUGGAAGUACAAGAUGUUGUCAAUGGGCAAGUAUUUUAUUUCUCACACAAAUUUAAACAAACCUCCUGUAAAGUCCCAAAACCAGCAAUAAAGCAGAGUCUCCCACUUCCAAAGAAAGGCAAUCAUAAAAUUUCCACUUUCCUGAAUUCAGGAUGGAAGUUGUUUGGAAAACAAUCCAAGUAUUUGUUCCAAGUCAAAGCUCUAUCCGGACAAUUUAAAGGUUAAACAGAGUUUGUUGAAUCACAUGCUCACACUGUGAAAUGCAUCAGUCUUCCAAGCUUUGUUAAAGUGAUAUGUGUCAUUUUCUAUUUUAAAAAAGGUGUGUGUGGGGGCUGAGGGGGUGACCAAUUAAAGUCCCUGUUAUAAAUAAAGACAUUACUGUUCAAAUGAACAAUAUAUUUUUCCCUAAAAAACUGAAGG